CAAGUAUCUACAUACAUCACCGUGCCUCACUCUCCACUGACCCAGGCCCUGGUCCAGGGGAACAUCAUCGUCAGUGACGACGUGCUCAUGUCGGCCAUGUCAGCGUUCACCUCCCUCGAUCAGAGCCUGACUCCCAUACAGCCACCGGUGCAGAGCAGUCACAACAUGCACCCGGGGGCUUCGUAUAUCCCCCCUCCCCCUCCCCCGCCCCCUCCCCCCACGAUGACCCCUCAGAUCCAGCCCAGUCCCAGCGGGAACGCCGUGGUGCAGGUGUACAGUCAGAUGAAUGGGACCUCCUCAGAGGGACAGAGCCUGGCCAUCCAGAACUUCCAACACUUCCAGGUUCCCAGUCAGUGUGUGGAGAGCUCUCCGUUCACCACUCCCCCCGUCUACAGUCCUGGAAAGCAAGGUUUCAAAACCAAGACCAGCAGCAUCAUCACCACCUCGAGCAUUCACCCUGCAGCUGAUGAUCUCUCCAACUUCGACCCUGACAGCACCAAGAACAGGCAGCCCAAAGACACCCUGGCUGUCCAAGAAGGAAAAGGCAAAUUGCAAAAGCUGAAAUGCAAUUAUUGCAACAAGAUGUUUGCCAAGAACUUUGACCUCCAGCAGCACAUCAGGAGCCACACGGGAGAGAAGCCAUUCCAGUGCAUCGUCUGUGGCCGGGCGUUUGCUCAAAAAUCCAAUGUCAAGAAGCACAUGCAGACCCACAAGGUGUGGCCGUCUGGGGUGUCCCGCUCCUCUGUCUCCAU